AUGGUGGGGUUGUCGCCGAUUUUGCAACUCCCCGCGCCUCCGUUGGAUGGGAACCUAGGCCCGGUGCCUCUGUCUCAGGUCGUCGGCGACGGCGAUUCGGACCUGGUUGAGGGAAAGCUAAAGGAGCAGAGCGGCGGAGCGGAGCAGAAGCCGGGGUCAGUGACGACGCACACCCGGACCAUUGGGAUCAUCCACCCCCCGCCUGAUAUCCGUACGAUCAUCGACAAGACCUCCAGCUUCGUCAGUAAGAACGGCCCCGAGUUCGAGAGGCGGAUCCUCGCCCACAACGCGGGCAACGCCAAGUUCAACUUUCUCAUCCCUACCGACCCCUAUCACGCUUACUAUCAGCACCGCCUCUCCGAAUUCCGAUCGCAGCUCCAGAGUUCCGCCGGCCAACCGGAGGCGCCGGCGGAUGAUUCCUCGAAGCCCUCUGAGUCCGCCCCUGCGGCCGAUGCUUCUCUGGCGCCGAGCGAGUCUGCUGUUGCGGCCAAGGUUGACAUCGGCGCCCAGUUCAAGAUCCCUUUACGCAAAGUUCUCGAGCCACCGGAAGCCGAACAGUACACCGUAAGACUUCCCGAGGGAAUUACUGGGGAAGAGCUUGACAUCAUUAAGCUUACCGCCCAGUUUGUGGCAAGGAACGGCAAAUCCUUCCUUGCAGGUCUCACCAGCCGGGAGAUCAACAAUCCGCAGUUCCACUUCUUGAAGCCAACCCACAGUUUGUUCACCUUUUUCACCGCUCUUGCCGAUGCUUACUCUAAGGUAUUGAUGCCUCCCAAGGGACUGACUGAGAAACUGCGGGGAAGUGCGCGAGACAUGACGAUCGUUCUCGAGCGGUGCUUGCACCGCCUAGAGUGGGAGCGAUCGCAAGAGCAGGCUCGGCAGAAGGCCGAAGAUGAGAUCGAGCAGGAACGGGUACAGAUGGCGAUGAUUGACUGGCACGACUUUGUUGUGGUGGAGACAAUUGAAUUUGCCGACGAUGAGGAUAUGGAUCUGCCAGAGCCCCUGACAUUGGAGGAGGUGAUUAGGAAUAGCAAGGCGACAACAUUAGAGGAGCAACAAGUGUUGGAGAUGGCAGAGCCUGGGAAGGAGGUGGAGAUGGAGAUGGAUGAGGAGGAGAUCCAGCUUGUGCAGGAAGGCAUGAUGGCUGCACGGCUUGAUGAAAGCAAGGAUGAGGAGAAGCUCGAACCAAGGGCUGCUCCUGAACAUGAGCCUCCGAUGAGGAUUGUGAAAAACUGGAGGAAGCCAGAGGAGAGGCAUACGGCUGAAAGAGACCCAACUAAGUUUGUUGUCUCUCCCAUUACUGGUGAGCUGAUCCCCAUAAGUGAAAUGGCUGAGCAUAUGCGUAUAUCUCUCAUAGAUCCCAAGUACAAGGAACAGAAGGAGAGGAUGAUGGCUAAGAUUAGGGAGACGACACUUGCGCAGGAUGAUGAAAUUUCGAGGAAUAUAGUUGGGCUAGCAAGAACUCGACCAGAUAUUUUUGGAACUACAGAGGAGGAAGUGUCAAAUGCAGUGAAGGCGGAGAUUGAGAAAAAGAAAGAGGAGCAGCCAAAGCAAGUUAUAUGGGACGGUCACGCCGGAAGCAUUGGACGGACUGCUAACCAGGCUAUGACGCAAACACCUGGUGAGGAGCAAACUCAGACCAGCACCAGUGAUUCCAGGAUGCUUCCUGGUCCUGCUCCGCCACCAAAACCUGGCAUGCCUAUGGUUCGCCCAUUGCCUCCACCACCUGGACUAGCGCUGAAUAUUCCAUGGAAUGCUCCCAAUGCCCCAUAUUCUAUCCCAGGCAGUGGUGGGCUUCCUGUGCAUCCAAUGUCGAGGCCUCCUGUCAUGCCCGUACCCUCAUCAGUGAGGCCACCGCCGCCCAUGUCUAUGUCUUCACAACAGCAUCUUAUGCAGCCUAUGCAUCUGGCUCAUCAAGUCACCAUGAACCCUCCAAGCAUGCCAAUACCUCCGCCUCCGGGAUCCCAAUUUACACCUCUGGUUCCGCGGCCUUUUGUUCAGAUGACGCCACCACCCCCUCCUAUGCAGAUGGUUGCGCCACCUUUGCCACAGGGAAUGCCACCACCACCCCCUCCUGAGGAAGCUCCUCCACUUCCUGAUGAACCAGAACCCAAGAGGCAGAGAAUUGAUGAAGUGACACUCAUUCCUGAGGACAAGUUCCUUGCUCAACACCUGGUACUACUUGGCCUCUGCUACUUAUUUUCCAACUCAUUUUCGGCCUAUGUUAUACUUGAUAUUUUUCCAUGUUUUAUUAUUUUAGCUAACCCAAUAACUUCUUAGACUCUAACAUUGUGCCUGGCAUUUUACUUAUUUAUUAAUUCUUUUAAAUUGAAGGGUCCUGCCCGUGUGUCCAUAUCUGUUCCAAAUGUUGACGAGGGAAAUCUGAAGGGGCAAGUUUUGGAGAUCACAGUCCAGUCUUUGUCUGAGACUAUCGGCAGUCUCAAGGAGAAGAUCGCUGGAGAAGUCCAGCUUCCUGCAAACAAACAGAAACUUAGUGGCAGAGCGGGUUUCCUUAAAGACAAUCUCACUCUUGCCUACUACAAUGUUGGUCCGGGAGAAACCCUAACACUCGCUUUAAGGGAACGUGGAGGUCGAAAGAGAUGA